UGGCGCCGUUUCUAGGCAACUGAAGACUCAAGGUCCUUUGUGGGGCCUGAUAGUCGAGCGACCGAUGUGCCCUAGAAAGUGCGAAUGGGCGGUUCGUGUCUGUCACACAUCUCUGAGAGAUUUAAAGUCCUUUAAACUUCUGACCAGCUGUCAGGCCUCGCAGAUGUGUGGAACUGCCCCUGGAGCUACCGUUGGUCGCCACCGUCUUCCUUCUGCCUUCUGAGAGACCCUGAAACCCUUGCCAUGGAAAAGUACCACGUUUUGGAGAUGAUUGGAGAAGGCUCUUUUGGUAGAGUGUAUAAGGGCCGAAAAAAAUAUAGUGCUCAGGUGGUGGCCUUGAAGUUCAUCCCCAAACUGGGGCGCUCAGAGAAAGAGCUGAGGAAUCUGCAGCGAGAGAUUGAAAUCAUGCGAGGUCUGUGGCACCCCAACAUUGUGCAUAUGCUCGACAGCUUUGAGACUGACAAAGAGGUGGUGGUGGUGACAGACUAUGCCGAGGGAGAACUCUUUCAGAUUCUGGAAGAUGAUGGAAAACUUCCUGAAGACCAGGUUCAGGCCAUCGCUGCCCAGUUGGUGUCUGCCCUCUACUACCUGCAUUCCCACCGCAUCCUACACCGGGACAUGAAACCGCAGAACAUUCUUCUCGCCAAGGGUGGUGGCAUCAAGCUUUGUGACUUUGGGUUUGCCCGAGCCAUGAGCACUAACACCAUGGUGCUGACGUCCAUCAAAGGCACACCACUCUAUAUGUCUCCAGAGCUGGUAGAGGAGCGACCCUACGACCACACGGCAGACCUCUGGUCUGUAGGCUGCAUCCUGUAUGAGCUGGCUGUAGGCACGCCUCCUUUCUACACCACCAGCAUCUUUCAGCUGGUUAACCUCAUUCUCAAGGACCCUGUGCGCUGGCCCUCUGCUAUCAGUUCCUGCUUCAAGAACUUCCUGCAAGGGCUGCUCACCAAAGACCCCCGGCAGCGUCUGUCAUGGCCAGACCUCUUGCAUCACCCCUUUAUUGCUGGCCGUGUCACCAUAAUAACUGAACCAGCAGGUGCAGAUUUGGGCACUCCGUUUACUAGUCGUCUGCCUCCAGAACUUCAGGUCCUAAAGGACGAACAGGCCCAUCGACUGACACCCAAGGGUAGCCAGUCUCGCAUCCUGCAGCAGGCCUAUAAGCGCGCAGCUGAAGAAACCAAGCAGAAGAAAGAACAGGAUGCAGGACCUGCCCUUGAACAAGAGGCUAGGCCCAGCAACGUGACAGCGAGCACAGCCCCUGCGCCCGGACUAAAGGCUCCUCCUCAGGAACCAAGCCUCUUGGCUAGUAUAUUGGACUCAGAAAUGAAGAGCGACUGGGGGGCUGGAGAAGCACCCCCUGUGCCUCGGGAAAACCACAUCACCUUGGAGUGUGAGCAGGCGUUCCCAGAGCUGAGGCCCGAGACGAUGGGCGGGCAGAGCACCGAUGCAAUGGAUCUAGAAAAUGAGGAGCCAGACAGCGAUGAUGAGUGGCAGUGCUUACUGGAGGCCACUGAGCCUGUGCCGGUCCAGCUGAAGUCCCCCCUCACUCUGCUGUGUAAUCCUGACUUCUGCCAGCGUAUCCAGAGUCAGCUGCGUGGGACUGGUGAGCAGAUCCUGAAAGGUAUCCUAAAGGGUGCUUCCCAGCUGCUUCCUGCACUCCGUGUCCUGAGCAGUCUCCUGUCCAGCUGCAGUGACUCAGUGCUUUUGUAUUCCUUCUGCCAGGAGGCAGGACUGCCUGGGCUGCCCCUUAGCCUCCUCCGGCACAGCCAGCAGAGCAGCAGCAUCCAGCAGCAACCUUGGUAUGGGGCCUUCUUACGGGACCUGGUGGCUGUGGUUCAGGCCUACUUUUCAUGUGCCUUCAAUCUGGAGCGGAGCCAGACAGGUGACAGCCUGCAGGUGUUUCAGGAGGCUGCCAAUCUCUUUUUGGACAUGUUGGGGAAGCUGCUGGCCCAAUCAGAUGACUCCGAGCAGGCAUUUCGAAGGGACAGCCUUAUGUGCUUUGCUGUCCUGUGUGAAGCUGUGGACGGGAACAGCCGGGCCAUCUCCAAUGCCUUUUACUCCAGUCUGUUGACCACACAGCGCACUGUAUUGGAUGGGCUCCUUCAUGGCCUAACAGUUCCACAGCUUCCUUUCCACAUACCGCCAGGAGCCCCACAAGAGAGCCAGCCACUGCGGGAGCAGUGUGAAGAUAUACCCGGAGCCAUCUCUUCUGCCCUGGCAGCCAUGUGUACUGCUCCUGUGGGGCUGCCGAGCUGUUGGGAUGCUAAGGAGCAGGUCUCGUGGCAUUUGGCCAAUCAGCUGACUGAGGAUAGCAGCCAACUGAGGCCAGCCCUUGUCUCUGGUCUGCGGCAUCAUAUCCUAUGCCUCCACCUUCUCAAGGUUCUCUACUCCUGCUGCUAUAUCAGUGAGCGUCUGUGCCAUAUUCUGGGGCAAGAGCCCCUGGCCUUGGAGUCGCUGUUGAUGCUGGUCCAGGGCAAGGUACAAGUAGCAGAUUGGGAAGAGUCCACUGAGGUGGCACUCUAUCUCCUGUCCCUUCUUGUCUUUCGGCUCCAAGAUCUGCCUUCUGGGAUGGAGAAGCUAGGCAGUGAGGUCGCCGCUCUCUUUACCCGCUCACACGUCGUCUCUCUCGUGAACGCAGCAGCCUGUCUCUUAGGACAGCUUGGUCAGCAGGGUGUGACCUUUGACCUCCAGCCCCAGGAAUGGAUGGCGGCAGCUGCACAUGCCUUGUCUGCCCCUGCAGAGGUCCGGCUGACUCCACCGUGCAGCUGUGGCUUCUACGACGGUCUCCUCAUUCUUCUGCUUCAGCUCCUUACCCAGGGGAAGCCUGGCCUGAUCAGGGAUGUGGCUGCUUCCGAGGUGUGGACCAUUCUGUGGCAUCGCUUUUCCAUGGCCCUGAGGCUACCUGAGGAGGUGACUGUACAGGAAGACGAUCUGUCACUGUCAAGUUCACCCAGCCUGGAGCCCGACUGGACACUGAUUUCACCCCAAGGCACGGCAGCCUUGCUGAGCCUUGCCAUGGUCAUCUUCACCCAGGAGCCCCAUUUAUGCCUGAGCCAUUUGUCCCAGCAUGGAAGUAUCCUCAUGUUGACCCUGAAGCACCUGCUUUCUCCCAGCUUCUUGCGUCACCUGAGUCAAGCGCCUCAGGGGCCCAAGUUUCUCCCUGUUGUGGUACUCUCUGUGUGCCAGCUGCUCUGCUUCCCUUUUGCCCUGGAUGUGGAUGCUGACCUCCUUGUAAGCAUCUUGGCUGACUUCAGGGACUCAGAAGUUGCAGUCUACCUGCUUCAGGUCUGCUGUCACCACCUUCCAUUGUUACAAGCUGAGCUGCCCAUUGGUCUCCUUACACGCCUGGCCCUCAUGGAUCCCACAUCUCUCAAACAGUUUGUGGACACAGUGACUACCUCCCCCAGAACCAUCAUCUCAUUCCUCUCUGUUGUUCUACUGAGUGACCAGCCUCCUAUGAUCGCUGACCUUCUGUCCCUGCUGACCCACACAGCCCGGGUACUGUCCCCCAGCCACUUGUCCUUUAUCCAAGAGCUCCUGUCUGGCUCUGAUGAAUCCUAUCGGCCAUUGCGGAGCCUCCUGGGCCACGCAGAGAACACUGUGCGGGUCCGUGCUUACGGGCUUCUGGGACACUUACUACAACACAGCAUGGCCCUACGUGGGGCUCUGCAGAGCCAGGCUGGCCUGCUCAGCCUUCUGCUGCUGGGGCUGGGAGACAAGGACCCUGCUGUGCGGCGCAGUGCCAGCUUUGCUGUGGGCAAUGCAGCCUACCAGGCUGGUCCCUUGGGACCUGCCCUGGCAGCUGCAGUGCCCAGUAUGACCCAGCUGCUUGGAGAUCCUCAGGAUGGUAUCCGGCGCAAUGCCGCAUCAGCUCUGGGCAAUCUGGGACCUGAAGGGUUGGGAGCGGAGCUAUUACAGUGCCAAGUACCCCAGCGGCUCCUGGAAAUGGCAUGUGGAGAUCCUCAGCCAGCUGUCAAGGAGGCCGCCCUCAUUGCCCUUCGGAGCCUCCGACAAGAGCCCUGUAUUCAUCAGGUGCUGGUGUCCCUGGGUGCCAGUGAGAAGUUAGCCUUGCUCUCUCUGGGGAAUCAGUUACUGCCAAAUAGCAGCGCCAGGCCUGCCUCUGCCAGACAUUGCCGGAAGCUCAUCCACCUCCUGAGGCCGACUCACAGCACAUGACCCCAGAUCCCUGGGGCUACUAUCCUUGUUCUGCCAAAUCUUCCUUCUUCUCCUACCCAAGGCACUAAGCUCAGCCGAGAGCUGAAGACACUGAAAGGGAAUGAUAAGCUGCCAACUCCCCCACGAGCAAGAAACUAGAAGAGAUUUUCAUAUUAAAGCUCCUUCCUUUCCCUAGAUUCAUGAUGAUUUGAUUCAGUAAACUUCAUCAUUGUUGGUGCCAGAGAAAAUUCUGUCCUUUCUCCCACAAUGUGCCUUUAACCCCAGGACCCACCCAGGCCUUAGGAAGACAUAUCUGCCGUGCCGGAUCUCUUCCUCUCUGAACCUCCUGUGGUCUGCCUAGCUAUUUUUGCCUCCUUUCCACCAGUCUCCAUCUCAGGUCUAGCCUGUGGAGAUAAAUGUCAUCACCCCUGUUGUUAGGGGCUCCUCCGCCCUUAGCCCACACUCCUCCCAUGGGUAGGGAGUAUGUGUGUGUAAAUUAUAUAUGUAUGUAUAUGUGUGUGUGUGUAUAUAUAUAUUCUACUUGUAAACACUUAUUGGAAAAUGUGCCUCACCCUACUUGAAGCUUCCAAGGUAAGGGGAGGGAGGCUCAGUCCCUCUUCUGGCUUCUCUGUGACAUUGGAAGCCUUGAGACCCUAUUCAUACAAAAUCCUGGUUUGGAGAAUUGUUUUAUACCUUUCCAAGCAAGGCCAGUGGAGCUGAUACAGAGAAGACUGGGACCAAAGAGGUAAAUCAGGGUGCUUUGAGAUGAUAAUACAGUCGUUUUAAUUUUUAGUGCAGUGUCAGUGUGUAUGGAAUCCUAGCUGCUUUGGAAGAGCGGCUCUUUAUGGAGACUGUGGGAUUUGCCAGAAGAGUGUUUGACAGUCCCAUCAAUUAAAAUCAAAUUUAACAGGACAUUCCAAUUUACCAGAAAGGGUAUUUGGCAGACACGUUAGUUAGAAUCUAACAGUAUGUAUAUUAGGAAGCUUAACUGAGACAAGCUUCCAGAGCCCUGAUUUGUCCAUCCAGUAAAUGGGGAGACUCCUCUUGAUAUGGCUCAAGUGGUGAGUGUUUUGCUGCUUAUGUAUGAGGUUCUGGGUUCAGUCCCCAGCAGAAAGAGGAGGGGGAAGAAAGGUGCCUUGAUGUCCUUCCUUGAUUAAGGUUUGUAGGAAAUGAAAGAUAAGUGUGCUUAUCUAUAUUUUACAAGGAGUUUUCUUACUAUCUACUGUAUUUAAUUACAUUUGAGUAAAAGUAAGAUUUCUCUAAGGCCCUCAAUUUCCUGCUCUCCAUAUUAUUUUAAUUCAGCACACACACAUGCACACGCACACACCACACACACACACACACACACACACAUAAUACACCACACACUCACCUUCCUGUGCACGAGAUACUGUGCCUAUCACAGUUUCCAUUCUGACCAGAAGAACAGGGAGCUUAUUAAAAUAAGUGAGCUGAAGCUGGGUAGGUCGGCAGCUAUUAAAGAGGCUGCAGCAGGAAGAUCACAGUCUCAGGAGUCUAAGACCAGCCUGAGCAACAGAACAGGAGCCAGUCUUACAAAGUAAGCUAAUUAGAUAAACUACAUAGAAAGGUGAUUUUUAAAAUGCUCUGGAAUGGGCUGGAGAGAUGUCUCAGUGGUUAAGAGCAUUGCCUGCUCUUCCAAAGAUCAUGAGUUCAAUUCCCGGCAACCACAUGGCUCACAACCAUCUGUAACGAGGUCUGCUGCCCUCUUCUGGUCGGCAAACACACACAGACAGAAUAUUGUAUACAUAAUAAAUAAAUAAAUAAACAAACAGAUAGAUAUUUAAAAUAAAAUAAAAUGCUCUGGAAUUUAAAAAGUCAAGAAAAGGGCUUAAGAAGCACGAAGCUGGUCAUGCUCCCAUCCCCACCUGCCCUCAGUUCACUCACACAAUCUCUAAUUUCUCCUUCCAACAGAGAUCUGGGUAUCUCCCCAUGAACCCUCCUUUCUACCUAGCCUCUCUGGGGCUGUGGAUUGUAGCAUGGUUAUCCUUAUUUUACAGCUAAUAUCGACUCAUGAGUGAGUACAUGCACCAUGUUUGUCUUUCUUGAUCUGAGUUACCUCACUCAGGAUGAUGUUUUUUUUUUUCUAGUUCCAUCCAUUUGCCUUUAAAUUUCCUUGUUUUUAAAAGUUGCGUAAUACUUCAUUGUGUAAAUGUACCACAUUUUUGUUAUCCAUUCCUCUGGUGAAGGAUAUCUAGGCUGUUCCAAGG